GAAAGCAAAGCGGGAAGUUCAAACAGAUAGGCACAUCGUCGUGGCCUGAGCGCGUAAAAUUCAACUGUUGUUCGAUUUAGUUAUAUUGAGAUUGUGCGCGUGGUGUGUAUUUUUUUCGGUUGUAUUGUACUUUGUGUAGAAUCGCUGUGCGAGGCGCAAUGCGAGAAGCGUGCAUUUAAAAUGUGUAAAUUGUUGCUAAUCGAGCUAUAAACAAAAAAGAUCUGAAAAUGCCUGGAUAUUUGCAUUGAGGAAGCGGAACAGAAACCCAGAAAGAGAAAGCGAUUCACAGUCAGAGCCAGAGCCAGAGCCAGUGCAAAGAUUCGGUGUAAUGGCCAUCAAUCAGGGCAAGUACAAGCCCACAAUCUGUGCCAUCGAUGAGGUGGACGAUCGCAGCUAUAAGCUGCACAACAGCCAGGACGAGAUCCGUGGCAAGAAGCAGCAGCAGCUGCAGCAGAUCGAGGGCAGCGAAACGGCCCCACUGACGACGAAUCAACAGAAGCUGCACAUGGAUGAGGCGGGACUGACGCCCAAGGACUUGGAGGCGGCACGACAAGAGGCGCUCAACGAGGUCAGCGGGGGAGUGGGAGGCGGCGGCGGCGGCGGCGGCGGCGGCGGCGGCGGCGGCGGCAGAACACCCACAGCGAAUACACCCAACUCGACGCAUCCUUCGGCGAAUGGCCUGAGAGGACGCCGCUCCUUUGAUGCACUGAUGAGCUUGUCGAGGAAACGAAGGAUCCUGUAUGUGACCACCGCCUGCCUGUGCGCCCUGCUGCUGAUCAUCAUCAUCAUGCUGCUGGCCUUCUGGCCGGACGUGCCCUUCUAUCUGCGUGCCCCGCUCUGCCUGGAGCGGGAGUGCGUGGAGAGCAGCCGGCAGCUGCUCCUGUGGGCCAACACCUCGAAGAGUCCGUGCCACCAGACGUACGAGUGGGCGUGCGGCAACUUUGCCAGCGACUAUGCCGACAACGAUUAUUUCGUGAUCAAGCGUGGCGAAUGGAACUACAAGACUUACAAUGAGUAUCAGGAACUCAAUGAACUGAAUCGCUUCAUUUCGAUGCUGCCCAACUCUGCCGAAGGCUCCUACUCCGUGGAGUCCACCAUCAGCAGUCUGUACCGCAGUUGCCGGGAGAUCGAUUCGCUCGACAAGAGCCAGUCGGAUCUACUGCUGAAGCGAGCCAUUAAAUCCGUGGAUGGCUGGCAGCUAUUUCGGGACUCGAAUCGCUUGCAGUACUGGGAGCACAAGCGGGCCCUGGUGCAUCUCCAGGCAAAGUACGGCAUCUUCCCGUACUAUCGCAUCAGUGUGGAGAAUGGCUAUAGCAAUCCCCAUGAUUAUGUGAUUGCGAUCGACGAGGGUCAGAUUGGAUUGCCGGACAAGUAUUUCUAUGGCCCCGAUGCCGAUGAGGAAGUCGUCAAAGGCUACAAGCUGCUUCUCAGGGACUUUGCCAUCAAUAUGGGGAUUGUUUCCCGCGAGGCGGAUCUGUUUGCCGAUGAUAUUUUCCACUACGAGCGCCGGAUUGUCAAUCAUAUUGAGGACGCCAAGGCUGGUGGGGAUCGCCAGUUGAACAGACUGAUGCGUCUGGCUGAUCUGAAGACCAAGGCUCCGUCUCUACCAAUUUUCGAGUCGCUUCAGGCCAUUUUUCCGAAUACCAAAAUCACCGAAGACACUGAGGUCUUGGUGCGAGAUGUAGAGGUCUUGCAUUCCCUCUCCGAACUGCUCUCUACCUCGGAUAAAAAACCCAUCAACAACUUUAUCAUUUGGUCGCUGGCCCGACAAAUGCUGCCACAUCUGUCCAAGGAGUAUCGCACGCUGGCGGAGCACUUUGACCAUGCCAUCUACGGGCGGACGGCCAGCUAUCCCCGGUGGCUCAUCUGCAGCCGGGUGGUGCGUGACUGGUUGCCCUUUGCUGUGGAAGCACUGCAGCAGCAGCCGGCCCAGCAGCAGUUCGAAAGGACAUCCACCCCACAGGCCUCAAGCCUGAACAAAACGCACGCCAACGAGGAGUACUUGCGCCUGAUGUUCUACAGCCUGCGCAACCAGCUGAAGGACUCGCUGGAGCAGGCCAGCUGGCUGGAGAGCGCCGCGAGGCAGUUCCUCAAGAAGAAGCUGGACGAGAUGCGGCUACAGUUUGGGAUACCCGGCGAGGUGCUGGACCAGCCCAACUACCUCAAGGACUACUACAACGACCUGAUGCUGAACAACCUGUACUUUGUGGAGCAUCUGGAGUCCAUCUGGACGUUCCGGCGCACGCGCCUCGAGAAGAAACUGAAGCCGCUUGGCAUGCUGGAUGUCAUUGUUUCCGAGAUGUACACAAGGAACAAUCCGCAGGCCAUUGCCUACUCGAACAAGUUGAACAUGCUGCUGGUGUCGAGGGUUCUGAUCAGCUCCAGCUACUACGACUAUCGCUAUCCAGUUUCUGUCAAUUUUGCCCGCAUCGGGACGGACAUUUUGGAGGCUUUGAUUGAGAACUUCUCCACAUUCCUGCUGCAGUUUAAUGCGCAGAGCUCGGACCUGAGCGACGCUGUGCCCGAGAUCCACUACGCUCAGCCGGAUGUCAAUUGCCUGGCCGCCGGACAGCCGCCGCGCCUCACCCAUGAGCUCAACGAGCUGUCCAGCACUGCCCUCAAGAGCUUCCAUGUGACCUUGAGUGCGGCCAGGACGGCAGCGAGGGCCCUCAGCAGCUUCGUGACGGCCAUCGAUGCGGGCAGCGCCAUCCAGGGGUCGGGCAUCGAUCAGGUGAACACCUACGAGGCCCUGGGGCUGACACGGCGUCUGAGAGUGCCCGGUCUGCGGUCGUUCAAUGAGAACGAGCUCUUCACUCUGGCCUACAUGCAGCAGCAUUGCAGCACAACCAUAGCAGACAAGGACUAUGCCAGGAUAAAACCGCAUGUGGAAAGCCAGCUGGCCGAAAGAUAUCUAUUCAAUGCCACCUGGCAGCACAUACAGUUCCUGCCGCGAUCCACCAAUUGCGCCGUGUCAGAGCCGAGCUGUUCGAACCUGCUCUGA